AUGUCCUCAUACAAUUCGGCUGACCAGCUUGAAAAGUCCGUUGCCGCUCAUGAAGAGGGACCGCGUGUGGAGCGCGUGCGCACCAAGGGCGGCCAUGAAGACGAUAGAUCUCAACCCGCUCUCCCAGUGGUGCACCGGUCAUUUGCAAACCCAGCGCCCUUGGGACUACUCUCUUUCGCAACGGGAAUAUUCCUCAUUUCUGCUUACGGCGUCCAUGUUCGAAACAUCUAUACCCCCAACGUCCUCGUUGGCAUGAUUACGUUCUUUGGAGGAGUAUGUCAGUACCUGAGUGGCAUUAUGGAAUUUAUCUCAGGGAACACGUUUGGAGCCACGGUCUUCUCAUCCUACGGAGCUUUCAACGUCGCUUAUGCAAUGAUAUACAUCCCAGGUAGUGGAAUUCUUGCUGCGUACACCGAUAAGACAACAGGCCAAAUUAGCCCCGAGUUCAAUCAAGCUAUCGCCAUGUUUCUGUGGGCUUGGUUUAUCCUCACAGUAAUAUACACAGUCGCCGCAUGUCGAGCUUCAUGGGUCUUGUUUCUGGAUCUUGCCUUCCUUGACCUCGACCUUCUGUUGCUGGCUUGUGGCUAUAUGUUCAACCGCUCGUCAUUGCUUAUCGCUGGAAACUCGGUCGGUUUUGUGGUGGCAUUCUUGACCUACUGGGCCGGAGUUGCUGGACUCUACGCAGGGGGCGUCACGCCUUUCAACAUACCUACUUUUCCAAUGUACAAGGAGAAGAAAUGA